AAAAUGUCGAGAGGAAGAGAGUCAUGUCCCAUUCCAACUACAACUCCCAGCUUGCUUUGCGUGUAGCACAGCAAUGAUGCCAUCUUGGAAAGUAGCGGUGAAGAAAGAUUGAUGCGGUGACACGGCGGGCAUGUUUGGGGCUAACCGGAAGAAGUUCACGGAGGCCGGGCCGGAGGGAGACGAUUCCUGCGGCGGCCUCUACUACGGCCAGCAGUCCGCGUUCGCGGCACACCGCGCCGACAAAGACAUGUUGGCGUCGUCCGCCGCCUCGUCGUCGGGGCAGCUGUCGCAGCUCGGAGCCAGUCUGUACGGGCCUCAGAGUGCGCUGGGUUUCCCCGUGCGCGGCAUCAACAGCAGCGCAGCGCCGCUAAGUCGAAGCGCACUCGGUCAGUCGGCCGCCGGACAGCUGAGCGCUCACACCGGCGCCGCCGUCGUGCACACGCCGCCCUCGCCCAGCAGGGGGAUUCUGCCCGUGAGCAGCCGCGGCGUCCUCGCCCACAACCAGCAGGCGGGCGGGCCGGCGGGACAGCCAAUCGGGAUGGGAGGAGAGCGAGGGGGCGGGGCCGGGGGCAGGAGUGCCGGCGGGUCGUCGCCCAGCGUCAUCGGAAUGCCCAAACAGUCGCGGCAAGCCUUCACCAUCAACAGCAUGGCAGGUUUCGGCGUGAACAGGAAUCCUGGAUUCAACAUCUUUAACGGCACAGCAAAUCCUGGCCCGGACUGGACCCAAAAACUCCUGCUUGUCGACUUCGUAGCGUUUGAGUUUUUUAGGAUCUUGAUGGUAUUGCGCAAAAGCGGUCGUGCGGAGAUGUUGCAUUUGCGCGCAGACGGCAGCGAGAACGUGACGGCGCUGGACCUGUCCGACUUCCCGGCACUGGCGGACCGCGCCCGGCGGGACGGAGGCGCCGACCCCGUGCCGCCGCUCGACCCGCUGGCCGGGCGCGCGCCUUACGUUGGCAUGGUAACCAAGCCGUCCAGUGAGCAGUCGCGGGACUUCUCCAUCCACAACGAGGAUUUCCCGGCUCUACCGGGGCCAAACUACCACGCCAAAGACCCCGGCGGCGACGACGGCAAAACGGUGACAGGCACCAGCGUGUAUACAAAGACGCCACACUCUUGUGUCACUUCCUGUCAGCUGACCCUUGUCUCCACCAAUCAGAACCUCGGCUCUUCAGGUAAGCCCGCCUCCAACUCGGACGGUCCGAGGUUUCCGGGCGACAAAUGUUCUGCGUCGGCGAGCGGCAACGACCAGCACAAGAAAGGAAUACAGGUGCUUCCUGAUGGGCGCGUGACCAACAUCCCGGUCGGCAUGGUAACGGAUCAGUUUGGCAUGAUCGGCCUGCUGACGUUCAUCCGGGCGGCCGAGACGGACCCCGGCACGGUGCACCUGGCGCUGGGCUCCGACCUCACCGCGCUCGGCCUCAACCUCAACUCGCCCGAGAAUCUUUAUCCCAAGUUCGCAUCGCCGUGGGCGUCGGCGCCGUGUCGGCCGCAGGACAUCGACUUCCACGUGCCGUCGGAAUACUUGACCAACAUCCACAUCCGGGACAAGCUUCAACAGAGACUGGCGCUACCACAAGGAGGAGCGCGUGUGGAUCACGCGCGCGCCCGGCAUGGAGCCGUCGCUCAAGACCAACGCGUACGAGAGGGGGACGUACUACUUCUUCGACUGCCUCAAUUGGAGGAAAGUUGCCAAGGAGUUCCACCUGGAAUACGACAAACUGGAAGAGCGCGCUCACGUUCCCGCCACCUUCAACUACAACCCCGCCCAGCAGGCCUUCUGAUUGGCCGGCCGGCCGCCCUGCCGUCAGUGCGGCCGGGAGACAGACUUUUCCAUUUGACCUUGGGUUUUCCUGCGCUCCUUUUUUCAAUUUUUUUUCAAUUCGGCGGCGCUCGCGAGACCGAGACGGGAAGCGGACGGACCUCGUCGCGCCCUUUCACAAUAAAAGAGGACGAUGCGAUGUGAUGUCACAUGCUUUGCUGACAUCACGCACACACCGGCCGAGCAUUUAGUCCUGUGUACUAGUAUGCUCUUUGUCCUCACUAGGACAACAACCACGUUACUAGUGAGGCAAAAUUGUGCACUCUUGACAACUGUGUCCUACUAGUACUACCAAAGGCACAUAUAUGUCAACUCGUGCAGUGUCCUACUGGUGAGCCCUAGUCGUUCUACUAGUGCGCAAAUAUGUCAUAUAGUGGAGAGCAUUUAGUAUGCUGUUUGUUCUCACUCGAAAGACAGUUCAGCGCACUUGGAGAACAACCGUUUCCACGACUCAAUGACAACUUUGGUAUACUAGUAGGACAACUACAUGUUACUAGUGAGGGAAAAACUGCACUAGUGGACAUCUGACCACUACUAAUAGUACUAGUGCAGCACUAAAUCUUAAACGUUAAAGAGUAUAAGUUCCUAAUGUCACUACAAGCCUUAUUCGUAACAGGAGGUUGUCAUACGAGAGACGACAAAAAGCGUGCACUAGUACACAGACAUCCCAAAACGGGAUCGACGCACGAAGGGAUUCCCAAAACACGCAGACCCUCGAUGUUUGUUUUUCCUUUGGGACGGCAGCGCAUUCCUUGAUCUUCAACCAUCUGGUCGCCACGACGACAACUGCAGGGAUCUCAGUUGGUGUCUGGGGGGGGUUUCCGUGACAACACCUUCCGUGAAAAUGGCAGCUAGUGUUUUCAUAGAAACAAAUAAAUAUUCUGAUAAUGAAA